CCAAAAUAAAUAUUUUAUUUUUUUAGAAUUUCAAAUAUGUUUUUUAAUUUUUUUUUAAUAUCCCGGAGUUAGACACCCAACUCGGGACAAUCGGGCUCAACAAGGGCCCGAACCUGAGUUACACGACUGAGUACAAACUACUCAGCCGAUUUUUCGAUCACUGCUGCUUCACGAAUCACUGGCCAACAACUAGUUGUAAACAAAUGAAAAGAAACCAAGAUGAUAAAUCAGAAUGGAACCUCAAACAAAUACUAGUCUCCUGGCGUUUCAGAGUCCACUAACCUAUUCAAGUGGUUCUUUUCAUUCAUAUAUUCUUACUACAUCAGAUAUGUUCGCAUUUGAAGAUCGUUUUUUUUCUGUUUUCUUUUUUUUUUGGGUUAAUCAGUGGGGAGAUGCCCUUACCUUGGUAGGAAUUGAACUGCAGCGUAUUCGUUAAGCGCUAACCAUUUAAGCCCGAGGUCUUUUUCUAUAAGUCAGAAGGGAUUUGGUUCCUGUUUUUGGUAGGAAUGGAGUUAGAGAUCUCAUCCCUGGGCUUGGCAAUAUAACUGUUAAGGCCCAGGCCAUUUUCAAAAGACUCAAUCUUAUUCCAUGUAAAGGUUUCAAGUCUAACUUUAUUGGUGAUUUAUGUGCCAAAAUAUUUAUUCCUAUGCUACAGGAAUCAAAGUGGCUAACUUUUUGAAUUGCAACGCUUGUGACUGCCAAAAAGAUCAUCAAAUCCCAAGUUACUGUACUUCGCCCUAUCUUUCCUUGCAGCAUGUAGAGAUUCUAAUCCCCAGUCCAAAGAACGAUGAGGUCUUACUCAAGUUGGAGGCAGCAAGUCUCAAUCCAGCUGAUUGCAAAAUUCAGGAAGGCAUGUUGCGACCAUUUUUGCCUGGCAAGUUCCCAUUUGUUCCAGUUACAGAUGUUGCUGGUGAGGUUGUUGAAGUUGGUUCCAGAAUCCAGAAUUUCAAAGUAGGCGACAAAGUAGUGAGCAUGCUACACUUCAUGAAUGGAGGUGGGCUUGCUGAAUAUGCAGUGGUGAGUAAGACCUUGAUGGUGGAGAGGCCACCAGAGGUGUCAGCCUCAGAGGGCGCCGCCCUACCCAUGGCUGGCCUCACAGCACUACAAGCACUUACUAAGGCUGCUGGUCUUAAGCUUGAAAAGAGUAGCACUGAUAAAGAGAUAAAUGUGUUGGUAACUGCUGCCUCAGGUGGGGUCGGGCACUUCGCUGUUCAAUUAGCAAAGCUCGGCAACAUUCAUGUAACCGCCACAUGUGGUGCCCGCAACAUAGAGCUGGUUAAAAGCUUGGGGGCUGAUGAGGUGAUUGAUUACAAAACCCCUGAAGGUGCUGCCCUGAAGAGCCCAUCAGGCCGAAAAUAUGAUGUUGUUAUUCAUUGUGCUACUAAUAUCCCAUGGUCUAUUUUUGAGCCAAACUUGAGUGAGAAUGGGAAGGUGAUCGAUAUGACACCCCGUUUGAGGGCUUUCUUGACUUCUUUUACAAAGAAACUGACGUUUUCCAAGAAGAAGCUGGUGCCUUUGUUUUUGGCGCCUAAGGGUGAGAAUUUGGAUUAUAUGUUGGGCUUGGUGAGAGAUGGGAAGAUAAAGGCUGUGAUCGACUCUAAGUUUCCGCUGGCCAAGGCAGAGGAGGCAUGGGCGAAGAUCAUGGAUGGGCAUGCUACUGGGAAGAUCAUUGUGACUUCGGAGUAGAGAGAGAAUAUUGAGUAGUGCGAUGUGCGAUGGUUUAUCUGUGUAUUGAGGGUGUAUUUUGUUUUUGCUUAUCCUGCAUUGCAGUUGCUCGAGUGUAUAUUUUGAGAGACCUGAUUACCUAAGUGUCAUGAAGCCCCUUUGGCAUGAACUGAUGUAUUAGUUUAGUGUACAUGCAUCUUGUGGAUAUUAAUUCUUAAAUUUAUAACACAAUACAUGGCCAUUGUAGA